UAAAAGAUUUGAAUUUUGAAAGUAAUAUUUAAUAGAGCGUCUCUUGCUUUGGCUGUUGCCUGUGCUGCGAAAGUUCUCUGCUGGCUUCCAUCAUUUUGCUCCUUAUCUCUUCCUUUUGAUCCCAUUUUCGUUUCGAAAGGAUCUCCGGAGGAGAAACAAAAGGCUUGAAAAUGGGUCGUGGAGUUAGCAGCGGUGGUGGACAGAGCUCCUUGGGCUACCUGUUUGGAGGCGGAGAACCUGCCAACAAUGUGCAAGCUUCUCAGAAACCCAAUGGAUCUUCUCAGCCUACCUCUUCUACCGCGCAAGCUACCGAUAAAAACAUACCUGCUGGCGUUCCUGCUGGCAUUCCCGCGAAUUGUACUAACAAUUACUACAGGGCGGAUGGACAGAACUGUGGGAACUUUAUCACGGAUCGCCCAUCAACCAAGGUUCACGCCGCACCUGGUGGCGGGUCUUCGCUGGACUUCCUUUUCGGAAACGGUAGGAGCUAAGCUGACCAAGAAAGCAGCUCGCCCCUUCAUUGGCGCCUAUGAUACGUAAACUAGAAAGUUACAUGUACCUUUGAAAAACUUAGUCUUUUUUGUCUUUCGAAUUGUGGUAUUUCCUUCUGCACGAGGUAGUCUCUCCUCAUUGCCAGAAUCGCAGACAUGUUUGCUGCUGAACUUUGUAUGGUUGGCUCUUGAUGCUUUGUUUUGAAACAAUUGAUUGUUGUAUCUUUCUCUGAAUCUCUGGCAUCUGCUGGUUACUCAACUUGUAUAACUCUGUCUCUUUGCAUCCUAUUAGGAUCAAACUCUUUUUUAAAUCUUGAUUUUUUACCCCA